AUGGCCGCCUCCCGCAAGCGUGCCUUCGCCUCCGUCGUUUUCACGGCGAUCGCUUCCUGCGCAGCAGCGCAGACGCCGGGAGGCCCGGGAUCGGACAGUUCAAUGAGUUUCUCCGACGUGAUGGCCAUCUCCUUCUUCAUGGCCAUUUUCUUCCCCGUCUUCGUCGUCCUCCUCGCGUUUGCCUGCCUCCGCCUGUACCGGCCGCCAGACGACCCCCCGGCCGCCGAGAACUCUUCGGCGGAGUGGGCGCACUCGCACCACAAGGAGGGCCUGGACGCCGCCGAGAUCGCGGCGCUGCCGCUAGUGUCCUACCGUGACGUCAAGCAGCACCGGAUCAGCGACGGCCGUGUCGACCCGCUGGAGUGCGCGGUUUGCCUCCUGGAGUUCGACGACGACGACAGCCUGCGCCUCCUCCCGACGUGCCCGCACGCGUUCCACCCGCAGUGCAUCGGCCUCUGGCUCGAGAAGCACGUCACGUGCCCGCUCUGCCGCGCCAGCGUCCUCGACCCGCCGCCGCCUCGAGUGCCAGAUCAGGAGCUGGAAACGCCGGUGCCACCCGGCUCGCCGCCUGUUCACGAUCACCAUACGGUGGUGCUAAUCGAAGACGACCCCGGCCGCGGCGAGGAGGAGGAAGACAGGACCAGGAUCCUCGCGAGGACGCGGCGCGAGGCCGGGCGCGAGGCGCUGCCGCGGUCCAACUCGACGGGGCACGAGCGCGCCGGCGGGAUGGAGCGCUUCCGGCUGCGGCUGCCGGAGCACGUUCGCCUCGAGAUCCUGAUGUCGCACAGGCUGAGGCACGUGACGAGCGCGGUCGCGUCCGUGCGCGUGAGGGAGGGGAGCGCCCACGACCCAGCUGCCGGCGGGAAUUCUGUGCGGAGCGCCGUGGCGAGGCUCUUCUCACUUUUCGCGCCCGGGGAUGGGUGGAGCGGCGACGUCGAGGACAAGUCCGGGGGCUCGUCUCGCUGGCGGCGCGAUGACUCUGCGCGGGGAGCAGGAGAAGACAAGAGAAACGAUUGACGAAAAUGAGAGCGGAACAUUGACCCCAUUGAGGUAGAAAAUGAUUUGGUAGUUGUGCUGGUUUGGUUGUGAACUGUGAUCAGAGAAUUGGAUCAAUUUUCCUUCAGAAUUUCAAGAAACAGAGCGUGAGUGAUCGGCAUUCUAUUUUCUCCGUAGUAUUAGUUCGUACUAGUAGUAAUUGUUCCAGGAUUCACUGUUGAACCGUCAGAGUGAGGAUCCAUAAGGUAAUGUCCCAUACUUCCGGAACCGUCAGAGUAUUUUGUCACAGGAACCACUGGGGAUCAGA